AGAAGGGCGGGUGACAAGACCGGGCUGAGCGCGGCCGCCUGCCUCGCCGCGGUGCGUGAGGGAAGCCGCCGCAGAAAGGCUUGAGGGAGGCUCAGGCGGCCGCUUCCUGCCUGCCCUUCCACCUGUGGAGCCGCCGCGGCUGCCGCAACCCCGGCGGAGAUGGGCUACCCUUCGUGCCGCUCCCGGCGGCGGGUGCUGCCGGCUUUGCUCUUCUUCUUCUUCUUCGCUGUGGCGAAAUGCCAGCUUCGAGGUUUAUUUCCUGCCAUCCUAAAUCUUGCUAGCAAUGCUCAUAUCAGCACCAAUGCUACUUGUGGAGAAAAGGGCCCUGAGAUGUUUUGUAAACUCGUGGAACAUGUUCCAGGCCGACCUCUACGCAAUGCACAGUGCCGAAUUUGUGACCAUAAUAGUGCAAACCCCAAAGAGCAACACCCUAUCUCAAAUGCAAUAGAUGGCACUAAUAACUGGUGGCAAAGUCCUAGCAUUCAGAAUGGAAGAGAAUACCAUUGGAUUACCAUAACUCUGGAUCUAAGACAGGUCUUUCAAGUUGCCUAUGUCAUUGUCAAAGCGGCUAAUGCUCCCCGACCUGGAAACUGGAUUUUGGAACGGUCUGUGGAUGGCACCCAAUUCAGGCCUUGGCAGUACUAUGCAAUUAGUGACACAGAAUGUCUAACGAGAUACAAUGUCACACCGAGGCUUGGGCCUCCUACCUAUAAGAGAGAUGAUGAAGUCAUCUGCACUUCCUAUUAUUCAAGGCUAGUUCCACUGGAACAUGGAGAGAUCCACACAUCAUUGAUCAAUGGUAGACCUAGUGCAGAUGACCCUUCACCAACAUUAUUGGAGUUCACUUCUGCACGAUACAUCCGUCUUCGGUUGCAGCGAAUCAGGACUCUUAAUGCUGAUCUCAUGACCCUUAGCCAUCAUGAUCCAAAAGAUGUUGAUCCUAUUGUUACGAGAAGGUAUUACUAUUCAAUAAAAGACAUUUCAAUUGGAGGUAUGUGCAUUUGCUAUGGCCAUGCUCGAAGUUGUCCUUUGGAUAAAGAAACCAAGAAACUACAAUGCCAGUGUGAACACAAUACAUGUGGUGAGAGUUGUAACGAAUGUUGCCCUGGCUACCAUCAGGCACCAUGGAGACCAGGAACCAUUUCUUCUGGCAACAAAUGUGAGAGAUGUAAUUGUCAUAACAAAGCUGGAGACUGUUACUAUGAUCAGAGUGUGGCAGAUGAAAAAAAGAGUAUAAACAUUUAUGGCCAAUUCAAAGGAGGUGGAGUGUGUAUAAACUGUACCCAACACACCACUGGAAUAAACUGUGAGAGAUGUAGCGAUGGAUACUAUAGGCCACAUAAAGUGUCUCCUUAUGACAAUAAUCCGUGCCUUCCCUGUGAAUGUGACUUGUUUGGAUCCUUUGGUUUUGAAUGUGUUAAGGAUGACAGUUAUGCUGACCUUCAGCAGGGUGUUCAGCCUGGUCAGUGUCAUUGCAAAGAAGGUUAUGGAGGAUUAAAAUGUGACAGUUGUACCUUUGGCUACAAAGGUUAUCCGAACUGCCUGCGCUGUAACUGCAGCCUGGUUGGUAGUGUUAACGAUGACCCAUGCACAGAACCUUGCCUUUGCAAAGAAAAUGUAGAAGGAGAAAAUUGUGACCGCUGCAAACCAGGUUUCUAUAAUCUCCAAGAAAGAAAUCCUCAUGGCUGUACUGAAUGUUUCUGUUUUGGAGUUUCCGAUGUGUGUGAAAGUCUUCCGUGGCCUGUUAGCCAGGUGUAUUCUAUGGCUAGUUGGCUGGUAACUGCACCAUACAGUUCAAAAACUAUACAGCCUCAACAAGGUGAUUUUGAUGGACCUAAUCAAAUAAGUAUUAACAAUAUUGCUGCUGGAAAAAUUCUGCAGUCCCCUUAUUAUUGGUCUGCCCCUGAGCCGUAUCUUGGAAAUAAACUCACAUCCUUCGGUGGUUAUUUGAAGUAUACUGUGUCCUAUGAUAUUCCCAUGGACAGUACAGAUAGUGAUUUGGUGACUAGUGUUGAUGUAAUUCUUCAGGGCAAUGGACAAAUCUUGUGUACCAGAUCUGAAGGGCUGUCUUUGCAACCAUAUGAAGGCUAUUCUAAUACCGUGCAACUUGUGCCUGAAAAUUUUGUUGAUUUUAAUACCAAGAAGUCAAUAGAUCGAGACAUGCUAAUGACAGUUUUAGCAAAUGUUACACAUCUUAUGCUUCGGGCUAGUUACAACAUUGCAAAAAAGGCUGUAUACAGGUUGGAUUCUGUCACUUUGGAUACAGCGAAUGCUAAUCUUGUAGAUCUUUCUUCGGCUGCAGAUGUGGAAUAUUGUGAAUGCCCUCAAGGUUACUCUGGAAUUUCUUGUGAGUCUUGUUUUCCUGGCUAUUACCGCGUAGAUGGAAUACUCUUUGGAGGGAUUUGCCUGCCAUGUGAUUGCAAUGGUCAUGCAACAGAAUGUGAUAUUCAUGGUGUUUGUUUUGCCUGCAAACAUAACACUACAGGGCGUGGUUGUGAUCAAUGCCUGCCAGGAUUCUAUGGUACACCUUCUAAAGGAACACCAGAGGACUGCCAGCCAUGUGCCUGUCCACUGAAAAUUGCAACAAACAAUUUCAGCCCGACAUGUCACUUGGAGAAUGAUGGUGAAGUUGUCUGUGAUAAAUGUCCUCCAGGUUACGCUGGAACUAAGUGUGAAAGAUGUGCAAAUGGGUACUAUGGCAAUCCCUUGGUUCCGGGACAAUCGUGUACUCCUUGUGAAUGCAAUGGCAAUGUAGAUCCAAUGGAAGAUGGUCACUGCAACUCACUCACGGGAGAGUGCCUGAAGUGCAUUGGAAAUACUGAGGGACGCCAUUGUGAAAGGUGUGCUGAAGAGUUUUAUGGGGAUGCAGUGAUUAAGAAAGAUUGUCGUGCUUGUGAAUGCCAUGUGAACAGUUCUGUAUCCAGAAUCUGCCACCAUGAGACUGGACUUUGCCAAUGUAAAACUAAUGUGGUGGGACAGAGAUGUGAUAGGUGCUUGCUUGGCUAUUAUGGCCUAAGUACAGGGCUUGGCUGUCUUCCCUGCAAUUGCAGCAAAGCUGGCUCAGUGGCUGAGGACUGUAAUGAUGAAGGACAGUGCCACUGUAUGCCAGGAGUGGCUGGGGAAAAGUGCGAUCGUUGCGCUCACGGUUUUUAUGCAUUCCAAGAUGGUGGCUGCACACCAUGCAACUGUGCUCAUACUCAUGAUGCUUGUGAUAGCAGUUCUGGCCAGUGCCUUUGCCCACCCCAUACUGAAGGAGAAAAAUGUGAACUGUGUGAGGAAAACUUCUGGGGUCAUGAUCCAGAGAAUGGGUGCAAGGCCUGCAAUUGCAGCGAUGUAGGUUCAGUCAGCCUCCAGUGUGACCAGUUGACGGCUCAGUGUCAGUGUAAGCAUGGAUAUGGAGGUGAUGGCUGCUCUGUGUGUGCCUUGGGGUAUAGAGACUAUCCAGAAUGUGUUCCUUGUGACUGUGAUGAACGUGGAAGUAAAGCAGACACUUGUGACCAAAGUCAAGGAGUUUGCAGCUGUGAAGAGGAUACUGGUGCAUGUGUCUGCAAGGAAAAUGUGUUUGGAUUGCACUGCAGUGAAUGUAAAACUGGGACCUUUGCUCUUCAUGCUGUUAAUCCUUUGGGAUGCAUUCCAUGUUUUUGCUCUGGGAUAUCAGAGUCUUGUUCAGAAGUAGAAGGGCAUGUGAGAGUUCCGGUAACUCUGGAUCUAGAGCAGCCUGCUUUGUACGUGGUUUCUCUCAGUAACCUCACUGGAACCACCGAAGGCAUAUUUUCCCAGUAUCCUGAUAUCUUAAUUGAUGCCACAACAGUCAGACAACACUUGAAUACAGAGCCAUUUUACUGGAAAUUACCCUAUCAAUUCCAGGGAAACCAGCUCAUGGCCUAUGGUGGAAAACUGAAAUAUUCAGCAGUUUUUUAUGCUGUGGAUGGCAUUGGAACUUCAAACCUUGAACCACAGAUCCUGAUGAAAGGAGGUCACACCAGUAGACUUGUCAUCUAUGUGGACAUUCCUGCUCCAGCAAAUGGAGUAAGACAGGAUGAAGAAAUAACAAUGAUGGAGAAUGCCUGGAAGUAUUUCAACUCAGUUUCUGAUGAAUCUGUCUCACAUUCUGACUUCAUGUCAGUAUUGAGCAAUGUUGAAUAUAUACUGAUAAAGGCAUCAUAUGGUCAUGGAUUGCAGCAGAGCAGAAUCUCAAAUAUCUCCAUGGAAAUUGCCAUGAAAGGUGAAGAUGUGCCCUUGGUCAGAGAAACAGCUUAUCACAUUGAGAAAUGCCUGUGCCCUAUAGGUUAUGCAGGGCUUUCAUGUCAGGACUGUGCACAAGGCUACUACAGGGAUAAACACGGAGACGUACACCCAAAAGCACUGUCCAUGCUAGGCCCCCGUUGUGUACCAUGCGAGUGCAACAACCAUGGUGAUACCUGUGACCCAGAAACAGGAAAGUGUUUGGACUGCAGAGAUAAUACAGCUGGUGACCACUGCAAUAUUUGUGCCCCAGGCUAUUACGGGAAAGUGACUGGAUCUGUCAAUGAUUGUUCGCUGUGUGCGUGUCCAAGAAUAAGCCCUGGGAGCUUUAGUGCUACCUGCAUUAUGAAAGGUGUUAAUGAUUUCCACUGCAAUGCUUGUAUCACUGGAUAUGAAGGGCAAUACUGUGAAAGGUGUUCUCCAACUUAUUAUGGCAACCCAAAAGAACCUGGUGGCAGCUGUCAGCAGUGUCAGUGCAACCCAAAUGGUUCUGUCCACAAUAACUGUGAUCAUAUUUCUGGGCAGUGCAUCUGUAAAGAAGGCACAACAGGGCAUCUCUGUGAUGAGUGUGAACCGAGACACAUUCUUGUGGAAGAUGAAUGUGUUUCUUGUGAUGAUGACUGCACAGGACUCUUGUUAAAUGAUCUAGAUAAUCUUGAUGAAGCCAUCUUUUUGGUAAACCUCACUGGCUCUGUUCUGGCACCCUAUGGGAUACUUUCAGACCUGGAAAAUGCAACCAAACAUUUCAAAGGAUCCUUCUGGGCUAAAGAAGAGCCAACUUAUUUAUUGGAAAACAUGAAUGACCAUCUUGUAACACUGUCAGGUGAUACCGACCAGCUGCACAGACAGUUAAGUAGCGUAUUGGAAAGAGGAGAGCAUCUCAACAAUUCUACAGAAAGAACCUUGAAUAAGAGUCGAGAACUGACUGUAUUUAUCAACAAGUUACAGGCAACUGCUAAAGUACUUGUGGAAGUGGCAGCAUCUCUUAAUGAAACACUAGGUACUGACUUCACGUUAUCCAAUAGAACAUUACAGGACCUGCAAGAAGAGAGCCCCACCAUGUUAGACACAAUGCGUCGAAGAUAUUUCAAGCAUCUGAACCAAAAUAGUACACUUGAGUUAAAAGCUGCAGAGAGAUUAUUAAUGAGAAUCCAGAAAGAGUAUCGGAGACCAGAACAAGAGCUGAAGGAGCUGCAAAAAACAGUGAAACGUACUUUAUCAAACCAUAGCGCUGUACUUCGAGAAGCCAAGGCUGUGAUCAGUGCAGCUAGCACUAAUAUUAAUGAGACUAAUCGUCUUCUUUUCCUUAUUAAUAGGAACUUCAAAGAAUUCAAUCAUAAAAAGAAGAAUAUUGAAGAAGACAAAGCAGUCUCUGAUACGCUGAUUGAACAAGGAAAAAUACAGGUUGCUGCUGUUGCUGCUCUUGCUAAGGAUGUAAUUAACUCUACAUCUAUCCUAGAAAUCCACCGUGAUGGCCUGAUCCUGUGGAGUGGCAAGUUGCGGCAACAUGUGGAUGAGCUAGUUAUGCAGAUGUCCACUCGGGGAGCACUUGAUCUUGUUUACAAAACUGAAGACCAUGCAGCUGUCUUGCAGAGGAUUGUUAAUACACUAAUCAGUGGCCUUUUGAAUGUUAGAAAUGUGUCUCUGAAUGCAACAAAUGCCAUCCAUGCAUACUCCACCAUUAAAAGUUUGGUCGAAAAUGCUGAGCUCCUGGCAGCUGAUUCUUCUGGGAUUGUAACUGAAUCCAUGAAUGUGCCUAAUGAGCCCUUUAGUUCUACUGGGAAAAAUACACUCCAGCUUAGCUCUAAGUUCUUAGGUGAAGGAAAAAGCCUGCACAAGAAGUAUGAAGGACUUGUGUCUGCACUGAAUGAGAUGAAAGUAAAGAUGGAAAAAAUGAAAGAAAAAGCUGGUGGAAUAGCUAAGCAAGUUAAUGACUCAUUGUUGCAGCUAAAUGCAUUGCCAAAAGAUACCAGUAAAAAUAUUCUUGCUGUAAAAGAACUGGCUGUGUUGGCUAAUGUGAGUGCUCUCAGCAGUUUAAGCCGUGCUGGGGUUUUUAGCGAGAAAUUGCAGAACACUUCAUCUGCAUUGUCUAAGGUUAAUGAGACGUUGCAGAAAACCAAUGAACUUAUAAUCGACUCAUCAAAAGCUGCAGCUUCUGUGGAAAGAAAAUUGAACGAAGUUGAAAUCCAGGCUGGUCUUUUAUUUGAUAGGCUGAAGCCUCUAAAAGUACUGGAAGAAAACCUGAGCAGAAACAUUUCUGAAAUUAAGGAACUCAUCAGUCAAGCUCGCAAACAGGCAGCUUCGAUUAAAGUUGCAGUGUCUGCAGAAAGAGACUGUAUUCGUGCCUAUCAACCCCAGAUACUGUCUACUAAUUACAAUACAUUGACAUUAAAUGUUAAAACAACUGAACCUGAUAACCUGCUGUUCUAUCUGGGUAGCAGUGAUAAAGCUGAUUUCAUGGCUGUGGAGAUGAGGCGUGGUAAAGUGGCUUUCUUGUGGGAUAUGGGUUCUGGUUCCACACGACUGGAAUAUCCUGAUCUUUCUAUCAAUAACAACAAAUGGCACAAAAUACAUGCUACAAGGUUUGGAAAAACUGGCACCCUAAUUGUAGAGGAGACAAAUGCUUCCCAGAAGCCUUUUAUGAGAAAGGGCACCUCUCCUGGGACAGCUACAGUACUGGAUGUAAACCAAUCAACUCUGAUGUUUAUUGGUGGACUUGGAGGGCAAAUCAAGAAAUCACCUGCCAUCAAGGUAACCCAUUUUAAGGGAUGCAUGGGAGAGGCAUGGUUGAAUGGCAGAUCUGUUGGCCUGUGGAACUACAUGGAAAGGGAAGGCAAAUGCAGCGGAUGCUUUGGCAGCCCGCAGGUUGAAGAUACUUCAUUUCAUUUCGACGGCAGUGGAUAUUCAGUGGUUGAGAAAGCCCUUCGCUCCACUGUGACCCAAAUAAUAGUAUUUUUCAGCACCUUUUUACCCAACGGGCUCUUAGUAUAUCUGGCUUCUAAUGGCACAAGGGAUUUUUUGUCUCUGGAGCUUGUUGAUGGCAGAGUUAAAUUAACAGUUGAUCUUGGUUCUGGCCCUCUUACACUUCAAACAGAAAGCCGUUACAAUAAUGGAACAUGGUAUAAGAUUUCAUUCAGUCGAAACAAAAAAGAAGGUAUUUUGGCAGUCAUGGAUGCUUAUAAUUUCAGUUCAAAAGAAACCAAGCAAGGAGAAUCUCCUGGUGUAGCCUCUGACCUGAAUCGUUCUGAUAAGGAUCCGAUUUAUAUUGGUGGGUUGCCACGCUCAAGGGCAGUGAGAAAAGGGCUUAAUAGCAGAACAUACGUAGGAUGUAUUAAGAACUUGGAAAUAUCUCGAUCCACCUUUGACUUGCUUAGAAAUUCAUAUGGUGUGAGAAAAGGCUGUAUCCUGGAGCCCAUACACAGUGCUAGUAUCUUCAGCAGUGGCUACAUUGAGUUGCCACCCAAGCCCCUUUCACCGGAAUCAGAACUCAUGGCCACUUUCGCUACUAAGAACAACAGCGGUAUUAUCCUUGUGGGGCUUAGCAAAGGUGCAGAGAAACGAAGACGCAGGCAAGCCCAUCUGCCCUUUUUCUCAAUCACAUUGACCAAUGGUCAUUUAGCAGUGCACGUGAAUCCUGGUGAGAGAGCAAGUACCAGGGAGGUCACAAUUGAAUCUUCUAAUGGAACAUACAGUGAUGGGCAAGAACAUUCUGUCAUUUUAACCCGCUAUAAAAGGAUGAUAACUGUUCAAGUAGAUGAAAGCAGCCCUGCAGAAAUUAGACUUGGUCCACUUGCAGAAACUAGAUCAAUGAAUAUAUCUAAUUUUUUCAUUGGUGGGAUUCCUGCAGGAGAGGGAAUUUUAGGAUUAAAAAUGACUGGCUCUUUCCAUGGAUGCAUAACCAACCUAAUAUUUAAUAUGGAACUUCUGGAUUUCACCACCGCAGUGAGACAUGAAGCUGUUGAUAUGGAUAGCUGUUUUCUUUGGGAGAAGCCUAAACCUGCCAUCCAUCCAGAUGACAUUGAAGUCUUAUCUGAAAUGCAAAUGGUUCCAGUUUCUCUACAGCCAUUUACAGAAAUCAAGAAAAAACCAUGUGGAGAGAGUGAAAUACUAAAUUAUGUUUCCGGUGCUCAUCAGUUUGGCCUUUCCAGACACAGCCAUUUGGUGUUCCUUUUCAACCAGUCUACAGUAAGAAAAAAGCUUUUUGUGCAGCUGAACCUCAGGACCUUUGCUUCUAGUGGCCUGAUAUACUACAUGGGUCACUCAAAGCAAGUCGAUUUUGCAGCCCUUCAGCUACAAGGGGGGAAGCUUUCUUUUUCAUUUGACCUUGGAAAAGGACGAGCAGUAGUCUUUCAUGAUGCAAUUGUCAAUGAUGGAAAAUGGCAUACGGUGAAAACAGAAUAUGCAAAAAGAAAAGGUGUAAUAGUAGUUGAUGGGCAAAUAUCUGUGGCUGUUAACGUCCCAGGAGAUGGAAACACCUUAGAUGUUGAUGGGAAGCUGUACUUAGGGGGUCUACCCUUAGCUUACCCAGCCAAGAAUAUUGGAAAUAUUACUCACAGUAUCCCUGCCUGUAUGGGUGAAGAAAUCAUGAAUGGCAAGCAAUUAGGCAAAGACAGCUUAGUUUCAGUCUUUGCUGUCAACAAAUGCUAUGUUGCAGCCCAGGAAGGAACCUUUUUUGAUGGAAAUGGAUUUCUUGCUCUUGUUAAAGAAGGUUAUAAAGUUCGAUCUGAUGUUAACAUUACAUUUGAGUUCCGCACUACAGUCAUGAAUGGAGUUCUUCUUGGAAUCAGUAGUGCUAAAGUAGAUGCUGUUGGGCUGGAGAUUGUAAAUGGCAAGGUUUUAUUCAGUGUCAACAAUGGAGCUGGUAGAAUAACAGCUACUUAUGAACCGAAAGGCACAGCUAGUCUCUGUGAUGGAAAGUGGCACAAACUUCAAGCAAACAAAAGCAAGCAUCACAUUGCUCUGAAAAUUGAUGGGAACUUGGUUCAGACUGAUAAUCCACAUACACAUUCUACCUCUGCAGAUACAAACAAUCCUAUUUACUUGGGAGGUUAUCCUGCUGAUGUGAAGCAAAAUUGCUUGACCAGUAAAAUCUCAUUCCGAGGCUGUCUGAGAAACCUCAUGCUGAUUAAGGGCCAACAAGUGGAAUCCUUUGACUUCAGUGAAGCCUUUGACCUGCUUGGAGUUUUUCCACAUUCCUGCCCUGGGGCUGAGCGCUAAACAAGGGAGACUGUCCAUUUUAAAAGUUUUUGUCUGCCUCUCUGGUAAUGCAAAAGAAAUUCUAUUUUAGCGAUAAUCCUGGUCUCAUUGAUCUCCCUCUAUUUUCCAGCUCAGGAUAAAUAUUUUUUUAGCCAGAACAUGUAAGGUACAUUUUUAAAUUCUUAAAGCCUUUGUACAACAAAUACCUCUACCAAAAUGUUAACAACAUUAACUGCAUACAUUUUUUUAAAAAAUCAGUGAACUUUUAAAAAUCAGUGUUGUCAAUGUAUUUUCUACCAAUUACUUGAUGGUAUUUCAUAUGGUGCAUGUAGUUCUUUUUUAUAAUGAAGAUGUAAAAUGUGGGCACCCACACAAUAAAACCACUCUUACAUUA